AUGUUUGUUGCUGGACUUCUUCUCAAGGGCAUCAAGAGCCGUUACUCUACUGGCUCUAUUAUCGGUACGCUGUUUGAAUGCUGUAUCCGAUUCCUGCAGUUCGUCUUUGGCAUCGCUGUCAUCGGCUUGUAUGCACAAGACGUCGACCGGGCCAGGAAACAUGGUGACAGCCAGGACUCACGAUGGAUCUUUGCAACCGUCGUUGGCACACUAUCCGCUAUCUCUGGACUUGUCUACAUCCUGAUCCCCUGCGCCGUGCGGCGACCUCUAUCCCAAGCAACUUUCAUCCACCUACCGUGCUUCGUCUACGACAGCGUCCUAGUCAUUCUCUGGCUGACGCAGUUCGGCAUCUUCGCAAAGCUGUACAUUACCGUCGACGAUGACAAGGACAAGAGCCUCAAGCGCAUGAAGCACUCCGCCUACGUGGACCUGGUCAACCUGUGCUUCUGGGCCAUCACCUGUGCUUGGUGUGGUAUUCGCUGGUGGAGAGGAAACAAGGCCGGUGGUGUCCAGAAGGAGGAGAAGGCCUUUGAUGAGCAUAUUGAGCAGGUUUAA